GCGAAACGCAUCUGUUGGGGGGUUUUACCAACUUGACCGACUUGACCGACUUGACCGACUUGGAAGUUGUUCGUUGAGAAGCUUUCCGAACAUUUCUUACUAUGGCAUAUUUAACUGUUUAGUAGGAGGUAGCUAACCUAACCUACCUUAGGUAUUUAACUUCAAAGUCUCCGAUUUUAUAUAUGAGAAGGUACUUUAUAUACGGUACCUAAUAUAUAUUAUUUUUUGUUAUCCUAUCUGCCGGCCUGCUCCCUCAUUUCCCCCUUCCAUUCCUCUUCAACUUCAAAACUCGAAUCCCUUCACCUUCCGUCUUAUUUUCUUAUCUCUUCCCCCCCUCUCCGACUCCGACUCGUCACGCUGGCCUUCUUUCAGCACCACCAAAGAUGGCACUUUUCGUAGACCUGGAAGAGGAGGCCGAGCCGCCGCAGACUCAACAUUACGGCUUGAAGCCCCAUUGGAAUGGCGAGCGCGUCAAGCAGGAGCUACCGAACGGUCAGAAUGCAUCGCAUGGAGGAGAGAGCCAAGGGAAUACGAUAGAUCGAGAACCAGAGAACCCCAAUGAGCAUAAUGGGAUGGCGGAGGCUCUCGGAUGUUAUCCUAUCGUCAUGGCGAUCGCCUCGUCCAUCGAUCUAAACACGCUCGAUAAUCUGUCUCGAACCUGCCGCCAGGUCUACCGUACCCUUCUGCAAUAUCGCAGCAGCAUUCUCGCGCAUACCCUGCACUGCGUCAACGAGGACGUGCCCGUCGACCCCCAAGACACAUUCCGUUACCGCGCCCGAGCAGGGAAUUGGUAUUACAUGGAAGACGGUCGUACCGGGGACUACAACGGCAAGAGCGGGAAUUGCGCGAGAGAUAUGGUAGCCGAAUGUAGGCGAUGCGGAACGGUCGUAUGCCGGAACUGCGCCAUCAAGCCACCGGCACCCGCUGUGCUUCGCGACAGACAUCGCCGACUAUGCAUCCCGUGCAGUAAGGCUCCGCUGGGAAGUCUCGUCAAGCCAUCGUUAUCGCCCGACACUCUUGUGGACGCGGACGAAAUGCAGCGGGCAAUUUGCACCUGCCACACAAAGGGAGUUUGGCUUUGCCAACCUUGCGGGAGGAGUAUUCGUGGGGCAGAUCACGACUAUAAAUCCAUCUGGAAAUGGCGUAACCAAUACGGCGAAGUGCUCGGGGGUCUCGGCACCGGUAUCGGCGAGGGUGACCGGGGGGUGAUUUGCGGCCGGGAGGCGGCGUGUUGUGGUUCCAAGGAGCGGGAGCAGGAAACCGACUGCGACGCCGCGGAUGCCCGGGAGCAAGAUGAGAAUAACGGCACCUUGUCUCCCUGGACAACACCGUCGCCCGCAUCCUCCAUCGCCGGCUCACCGCCUUCCGAACGCCGGACGCCGAGCCCGCAGCUUCGGCCCGGGUACGCCCGUCACGAAAUUGAGGGCAUCGGCGGGGUAGUUAAGACGAAACUCGUCCGAAUUGUGCGCGUUGGCGCCUGCGUUCCCGAGUGGGAGGACGAGAAAAAUAAGAAUGAGAUCCUGGGCCGAGAGGUGUCCGGACGCAGCCGUAGUUGGUGCGGAUGGUGUUGGAGAGUGAUCCCUGGUAAGAAGGAUUGGGAAAUGGCAAAGGCUAAAAACGCAAUCAUUGUUACAAACGAGAAGCAGUGAGGGUUUCACCUUGCUUGCACUGUAAUUCAGAAUACACAACAAGCUACCGAUAUACAUAGAACUUGCUGCAUUUUUGCAGACUUCCGGCUUGGAUGAACAACGUAUUUAGGAGCAACAAAAUGGAUUCCCCAGGCGUAAAUAGUUAAUACAGGAACAUAGUAUAGGUACCUAAAUAACUUCACUAGAACUAUUUAAUGGCCUCUUCAAUGAGAAUGUUGCAUGGGAACAUACAUAAUAAGCGUCCCAAAUAUGAUAUGACCUUGAUGAGGAUAUAGGUAAGCAGAUUUUACUAUGUUGAAAAAAAGAGAGAAAAAAAGAGAAAAAAA